AAACAUUCUAAAAGAAUAAGAAAGAAAACCUCCAGCUGGAAUGUGGGCGUCUAGCUUAUUUUAAACUCUGUUGAGAUAAGAUUCCAAGUUCUGGGUUUUGAUUCUUUAGGCUGAAUGACCUCCCAUGUCUUUGAUAGAUAUUGCCACUGCUAAACCUUCCUUGCAAGGCCCUCUGGUUCCAGUGAGGGUUCAAGUUUUGUCAAAUACAUGGAAAUCCUCCCCAUUGCCGACGAGGAUAAAAGUUCAUGUGGGACAUCAGGAGAACCACUGUGGAAAACUCCAGAUUCGAGCCGUUGCGACCCUCAAACCCAAGUGUCCGAAACAAGAUGGACACAGCAAUAAGUCACAGCUUGGUGGUAAUUCAAGCCCUUCAUCAACUCGGCUCGAACCUUUGGAGAUGGGAGACUCGGAUGAUGAAGUGGACGAGAGGGAAAAGUUAAGGCGGAUGAGGAUUUCUAAAGCGAAUAAAGGAAACACGCCUUGGAACAAAGGCAGGAAGCACAGUGCAGAGACCCUUCAGCGGAUAAGGGAGAGAACAAGGCUUGCAAUGAAGAAUCCUAAGGUCAAAAUGAAGUUGGUUAACCUUGGACAUGCUCAGAGUAAAGAGACAAGAGAAAAAAUCGGAGUGGGAGUCCGAAUGGGAUGGGAAAGGCGUCGCAGGAAGUUAAUGUUACAGGAAACUUGCCACUUUGAGUGGAUGAACUUGAUUGCCGAAGCGUCUAGAAAAGGAUAUUGUGGUGAGGAAGAGCUACAGUGGGAUUCUUACAAGAUAUUAGAUGAGCAGUUGACGAAGGAGUGGUUGGAAAGUGUCGAACAAAGGAAAUCUAUGCCUAGACCAAAAGGUAGCAAGAGAGCACCGAAAUCCCUUGAACAGAGAAGGAAAAUUGCAGAAGCCAUUGCAGCCAAAUGGGCUGAUCCGGAAUACCGUGAGAGAGUUUUCUCUGGCUUGGCAAAAUAUCAUGGCAUUCCAUCUGGGGCUGAAAGAAAACCGAAGCGGAAGCCAACAGCUGGUACACAGUCCAAGCAAAGCCCUUCGAAGCGGAAAGCCAGUGAUACAGACUAUUCUUCGGCUAAUGAGACUAUAAGCCCAAUUGAGCGGAUAAGGAUUCGAAGAAUAAAUAAACCACUUUAUAAGGAUCCUAUGGCAAGUUCCAAGCUUGAGAUGCUGAAGAACAUGAGAGCACAAAGAGCAGCGGAAGAAUCAAAGAAAACCGAAGCUGUUGAAAGGGCAAGACUUUUAAUUGCUGAAGCGGAGAAGGCUGCAAAAGCCCUCGAGGUCGCUGCAAUGAAGAGCCCUGUUGCUCGAGCUUCCCUUAUCGAAACCAGAAAACUUAUAGCAGAAGCAAUUCAGUCAAUUGAAUCGAUAGAGAUCAGGCCGAUUAUACCCGAUGAGAAUAGUGGAUGCAUUUAUGUCCACUCGGCUGAACCGGUUAGCCCAGUGGAGAACAAAAUACAAUCGGAAAACAUUGGUAUGGACCAAGCAGAACAGAAAGAAGUAAACGGGAACCAAACCCUUUCAAUAACCAAGCAUGAGGAAUUUAAUCUCUCUAGCUUUAUCAUCCCAAAGAUAGUGAAUGGCGACAGGGAUGAACAACUUGCUUCUCCAAGUGCGAAUAACCAUAGUUUAUCGACUCUCAGCUUCGAAACUUUGAUAAAGUCGGAUUCAUCUAAGCAACUCAACUUGUUGAAAACAAAUGGGGCCAUCGAGCAUGAGAAGAAUCAUCCGGUAAAUGGAACCAAAGUUAAGUUGAAGGAUGAUGGUGGGCCUUCUAAAGCAGUCGCCAUAACCAAGAAAUGGGUUCGUGGUAAGCUUGUUGAAGUCACUGAAGAAGUUUCACAGGGACCAUGAACUGCACAACAGAUGGUCAUAAGUUCCAACAUACUGAGCUGUGGAUUUGUGUAAAAUAUGUCAAA